UCCUGCAGCAAAACUGCGCAGAAAAAAAUUUUCUUUCCAACGAGACUUGGCUUCACUCAAAAAUUCUUCGUGCUUUCCCUUCACUCCUGCGCGGAUUGCAUCCUCCUCCCCCAAUUUUUUUCCUUUUUUUGUCCUUUAUGCCCGUUGACCUGUGGUUUGUGUCCUACUACUCUCCCUCAUUUUUUACAAUUUUGAAGAACAACACACCCACAAUCAUUUAUGUAUACAUCCCUCUUCCCUUUACCUUCACAUUUGCAUUUUUCGUCCAUUCCGCCGGUUUCUUCUUACCUUUCUUCCCUUAUUUUUCUGUCCAUUUUUUCUUCAAUGCACACAUUCAAGGCCUUCCCGUACAAAAUACUAAAUAUUUGUUCUAUCCACAAUUUUACCAAUUGGCCACCCAAUGUGUCACACAGAAAGCGGAUGAUUAG